AUGUCUCGAGAGCAAGGCCAUUCCACGUACAAGAAAACCGAUGAGUCCAUUUAUUCAGCUGAAAAUGAGGUAGAAACUCCUAUUAAAUUUUCAGCCCUUGAUAUCUUAAGAAUUCUGGGAGGAUUAGUAUUACUUUAUAGUGUUUGCUGCAAGUUCUUUUCAGGCAAAUGGUUUUUUUUGGUAUCCAGAUCAACAUCUGUAAUACCUGAUGAUUUGCUCUCUAUUCCCGAAUACUGGCUGCAAAGAAAUGCAACUCCGAUAACUUUUACUUUUGAUGAAUUAUCCCAGUAUAAUGGUGAGAGUGAUUCGGAGCGCAUACUGCUCAGCAUCAAGGGCCAUAUCUUUGAUGUCACACGAGGUUCUCGUUUUUACGGCAAAUGGGGAGCUUAUAAGAAAUUUACAGGUACUGAUUGCUCAAAAUUAUUUAGCUAUCCCCAAUGGGAUAUGUCUGUCCUGGGCAAAAAAUGUAGUAGCGACCUGAGUGACUGCACUGCGACUGAGUUAGCACGAGUAGAUUCAUGGCUACAAUUUUUCCGUAAAAAAUACCCAGAGAUUGGAUAUUUGAGACGUUCAGAACCUAACCGCUAUUGA